GUAGAGAGGCAUCCUGAGUUACACGGAGAUUGUUUUGCUAGAUAUGUCAGUUUACAAAGGACAUCUCUCUCGUCUUUAAAACUAAUCCAAAAUGUCCUUUCCCAACAGCUCUCCCGCGGCAAAUACUUUUCUAGUUGAUUCGUUAAUUGGUGCUUGCAGGACUGACAGCUUUUACUCCAACAGCAACAUGUACAUGCCGUCCGGAGUAGAAAUGGGAACUUACGGAAUGCAAACCUGUGGACUCCUGCCGUCUCUCGGUAAAAGAGGGGACGUCAACCAUCAAAAUAUGGGCAUGAAUGUCCAUUCGUACAUACCUCAAAUUGAUAAUUGGACGGAUCCGAGAUCUUGCAGAAUAGAUCAACAGUCCAACCAAUUGUCUAAUUGUACAUUUUCACAAAACAUUAAGGAGGAGAGUAACUGCUGCAUGUAUUCCGACAAGAGAGCAAAGGUCAGGUCGUCCGAUGUCCCCGCAUACCCUAAUAUAAUCCCAGAAUCGUGUUCAGUUGAUGGCCCUGAGAUCCCUGUUCCGGGCUAUUUCAGACUGAGUCAAACAUAUGCGAGUGGAAAACACCAGGACUAUGGCCACGAGACGACGAGUCCAAACACGACAUUGAUGCAGCUUAACAGAGUCACUCCUAAAUCGCAGCUACCUUCCUUUGUCGAAGUGGACAAGAAAACAGUCGAGGUACCGCAAACCCGGGAAACCAGCAGAACCCCCACACCAGUGCAAAGUCCAGAUCCCAAGCCCAUCGCGCAGGAGGAGAAAAAUUGCUCCACUGAAGCGUCAGUCUCUAGCCCGGAGUUGCCACAGAAGGAGACGAAAGAUUCCAAGAUUAAUACUCCAACAAGCAAUUGGUUGACAGCAAAAAGUGGAAGGAAGAAAAGAUGUCCUUACACAAAGUACCAGACGCUAGAAUUGGAAAAGGAGUUUCUAUUCAACAUGUACCUGACUCGAGAGCGCCGUCUAGAGAUCAGUAAAAGCGUCAACCUAACCGACAGACAAGUGAAGAUUUGGUUCCAAAACCGUAGGAUGAAGCUGAAGAAAAUGAGUAGGGAAAAUCGAAUUCGGGAACUUACCUCAAAUCUCACCUUUUCGUGAAAGUGAAUAUUUGAAAGGCACUGCUAUUGUAUAUUUGUGCUUCCCUCUUUACAUGGGAUGGAAUGCAGUGGGGGAUUGGACUCAAGAUUCAUUAUUUUAUCCAACGAAACUGUGAUUGUACCGUUACUUUUUAUUUACAUGGUGACGCAUUGUGUAUUUUGAAUUAUGUUACAUCGCAGGGUUAUAGUCUUAAAUUAUUGGAAAUAUGAUACACAUCCAUUUUGGACAGUUUUUGUGAUUGUGAACACAUCGCAAGAGCGACUUAUUUGGAGAGUCAUAAUAUGUUAGACAAGCACAUUUAGUCUACUAAGAGUGAUUUGAUCGUGUACCAUUAGUUCAGAAUUGAGCGCAAACUCAACUGCUCAAUAGUAAUCGUAUUCGUCUCUGUCCAGCCUAAAUGUGGUUUUACAUGUUGGUGUUUAAAUCUAUUGCAUGUU